AGCCGGAGCCGGCAACCUCGACGCCCUCGAGGAAGGGAUGCCAACCCUUUGCCUCCCUCAACUUGGAGCCACUUGGAGCCACUCUAGAGCCCGAUGGUCAUCAGGAAACGGACGCAAGCUCGAGUGACAAACCACGGCCGUUGCAGAUAUGAUCAGGUCCAAGGCCCCGGGGCCCGGCACCGCUCCCUCACUAGCUAUGCCCUCGGCGGCGCCAUCGAUGUCAAUUCCGACCCCAGCCGUCCAACCCACUCUCGCUCUCCUUCCUCAGCGACGCGUCAUGAUCCACACCCAAUUUCGCCCGGUAAAAUCCUCGUCAAUCCGCCCACACCCUUCCACAACCCGGGCUCGAAUCGCAGCACCCGGGUCCGGUCGCCAAUGACAGCGGCCACGGCAUCCCGAUGCAACACAGGGAGCCGAUCGGCCUUGGCACCGCUCCGUGCCGACUUCCGCUCCGCGACUCGGACCCGGGCGCCCCACUUUCGCCCCCUUCUCCAAAUCCUGAGCUGCAGCCAUGCCUCGGCAAACGGAAGGGGCGAGUGGAGCCCCACGAGGUUCAUCCCCCCUUCCCUUGAGAUGUUGCACCCUUCCUGCACGCUCCUGCACCGGGCGAGUUUUGUAAUCAGCCCGAGAGCCCAGCCCAUCCUGUUUUCCCGUCUGUUCGAGCCAAGCGCGGCAUUGGCGAGCGUUUGUUGUUCGCUUGAGACGCGGGGAAGAACCAGCUCCCUGGCUCGCCUGCUGGUUCGAGAAGGGGCGGUCUGGACGCGUCCCUUCCAGAACAAGAUCAGCUUGAGUAGGGACGUUUGUCGGUCCAAGUACGAAUAGGUAGUUAUAUAUUUUGGAGAUCCUGAUCCGGCGGUGGGUUAUGCUCGGCGUGGAACUCGAUUCCCGAAAUUGAACUCCACUGCAC